ACUCCCCCAAUAAGAAUAUUAUAUUUUCAUGACAUUAAUAAGGUAAAAGAUAAGACGUGAUUGUAAAUAAAAAUUUUGGUAAUAAAACAUAAAAGGAAUGCUUCUAUUUCAUCACCCGCGCAAAGAGAGCAGUCCGUGUGCCAAAUUACGCAUAAAUAGCUACAAAUUAUUCACAGUUUUGCUCCAAACCUCUGAUGUGGCUGCGCGUUCUGGUGCGUCACAUGGAGAGGUGCGGUUUGCGCAGCGCAACUCUCCCCACACGCUCCAUAACUGAUGUAGUGAUGCACAGAGAGGCUUUUACUCUCUCUGAAGAAGCUUUCUUUUGGAUUCUUUAACUUUUCGUCCUCCUGGGUGUCUCUCUCUGGAGCGAUGGGCCGCGCGCAAAGCACCUCUUGAGACGCGGGUCGUUCAGAACCAGAGGUCCACGGACUCGUCGGCGGCUCCGGAUGAGGCGCAGCUGGAACACCGCGAGCCAGUGACCGAGCGCCGCUUCCACGCAUCCAAAUAUGCGCGUAACUGGAGCGCGCUGGCGAGGCGUCCCUCCUUGCACCCGGGUCGGGAAAACCUCCCUGUCGUGAUGUUCAAUAGCUCGGGGAUCGAGCCCACUUUAAACAAGAAGGAGGACAUCGUUUCCGAAGUUCUCAAUGGCACUUUGCAGCUGUACAACAGCGUGCUCGUCACCACGAGCCCCACGGCCGCGUGGAACGGGUCGUGCGGGGAGCAGCUGCUGGACUUCGGGCGGCCGGAGAAGAUCGUCAUCGGGGUGAUGCUGGCGGUCAUCACGGCGGUGACCGUGAUGGGCAACACGCUGGUCGUGAUCGCCGUGUGCGUGGUGAAGAAACUUCGGCAGCCUUCGAACUACCUGCUGGUGUCCCUGGCGGUGGCCGACCUGUCGGUGGCCAUCGUGGUGAUGCCCUUCGUCAUUGUGACGGACCUCACGGGGGGCAAGUGGCUGUUCGGGGACCUGUUCUGUAACAUCUUCAUCGGCAUGGAUGUCAUGUGCUGCACCGCCUCCAUCAUGACCCUGUGCGUGAUCAGCGUGGACAGGUAUCUGGGGAUCACUCGACCUCUCACCUACCCUGCACGCCAGAAUGGGCAACUGAUGGCCAAGAUGAUCCUGGGAGUGUGGUUGGUGUCAGCAUCCAUCACCCUGCCGCCUUUCUGUGGCUGGGCCAAGAAUGUCCACACGGCCGGCGUGUGCCUCAUUAGCCAAGACUUUGGUUACACCAUCUACUCUACAGCCGUAGCCUUUUACAUCCCUAUGCUGGUAAUGCUCGUCAUGUACUACAAGAUCUUCAGGGCGGCCCGCAAGAGCGGCGCCAAGCACCGCUUCACUGACCUGUCGCGGCGCGAGCGCCUUGAAACGGUGGCUAACGAGGCGCUGCGCAUGCAGGGCCUGAAGCCACCCGGCGUGGCCGAGGACUGCGCUGCCUUGUCCCGUCUGCUGAACCGAGAACGCAAAAACAUCUCCAUCUUCAAGCGGGAGCAGAAGGCAGCCACGACACUGGGGGUGAUUGUAGGGGUUUUUGCUGUGUGCUGGUUGCCGUUCUUCAUUCUGUCCACCGCCCGGCCGUUUAUUUGCGGAGUGGAGUGUAGCUGCGUGCCCAUCUGGCUGGAGCGCACGUUGCUCUGGUUGGGCUACGCCAACUCACUGAUGAAUCCCUUCAUCUACGCCUUCUUCAAUCGAGAUCUGCGCUCCACCUAUCGUGACCUUCUACGCUGCCGUUAUCGCAACAUCAACCGCCGGCUGUCUGCUGUGGGGGUCCACGAGGCCCUCAAGGUCUAAACAUGGGGGGUUAAGCAGUAUUUACUGUGCUUCAUGGUGAUCCUACGCUUCUACAAUAAGGACACGACAGACCUGCAGAUAAAACAAACUGGUAGAAUGGGAGUCACUGUUUGCAUUGACACAGCAUACUUCAGUUUGUUGCUGACUCAGCCAUUCUCUUUUAAGACAGAACAUCAUAGAAUAUAUUUGACGGGCCAUACUGCUUUCAUGCAUAUGGCACAAAUACAUCCCAGCUCCUGGUUUAUGGCGUUAGACUGCAGCUGCAAAGGAAAUGACAUGUAAACACAAUUACCCCAAGGCUUUCAAGCUGAACACAAAUCAAUCAAACUGUUUUCUGUACAUAAACAAAAUCAAUGUUUUAUAAGAGGAGCCAUUAGUUUUGUGGCACAAUGUCUUCAGGUUAUCUUCAUCUUGACACGAGCAUGUCUCAGGUUUGGUUUUAAAACAAGACAUGCCAUUGAGGUGGUGCCAAGAUAAUACUGAAUAUUAUUUAAAUUCCCCUCAUUACCUUUAAUUUCUUUUACUUUGAAACUGUCACUAAAUUCUACAGAAGUCCUGAAAAUGUUGCACAAAUAUAUAAAGGGAGAGCAAAAGGGAGUGCUGUUAAAUUGCACCAUAAUGAGAACCCAUUUUAUUCUUGUAAUCUAAGUGUUCAUAGUUAUAAAAGAAAUUGAAAGUAGUUUGUCUGCAUGGUACAUUUGUCAAACAUAACCAUAGAAUAAAAAGAGAAUUUGACUAGCUAUUAAUAAUUUGACAAAAGCCUUUUUUAUGGUAAACCCAAACACUUUACUUCACAUUUGAAUUGAACACAAAAUCCUAUUUGUAUGUGGAAGAAAGCACCAAACCACAGACUUUUAUUACUUUUGCUAUUUUAUCUUUAUUGGUUUCAUCCCACAUUUAUUUAUUGACCUUUUCAACAAAACAGUUGCCAAGUUUUCAAAACUUUUUUGUCCUAAAGGUUAUUAGCCUUUCACCCCGAUUUGAAUCAAAAUGCGAUUACUUCCAUUUUGAACUCAUUCAUGACCUCGACAUACCCUUGCCAAAUGUCAUCAUUUGAACAGUUUGUGCUUUUUCUACCUCAAUUCUUUGAGAAUACUGUACAUUUCAUCCAAAUGGUGAUGUGGCUGUAUCAUUUUUUUAAACCAUAUGAUUUAAUUUGUCUAUGACUCUGUGUGAGUGCUUAGCGGGAUCGCUUUGUCAUUACCUUGAGAAAAUGUUCAUGGAAUCCACAAUGUAUUUUAUCACUUUGUAAAUAAAGAAGCACUGAAACUCUUAA